AUGGCGAAUGUGACGCAAGCAUCAUUGAAUGAUUUCAUGUCUGAAACACAAGAUCAGUUAUUGAAAUUAUUUGAAAAAGAGCUAGUUUUUGAUGAAGUGGUCGACUCGUGGCCGCUGAUGAGUACACCAUGGCCAGUACUCUCAAUAUUAUCUAUGUACUUAUUGUUUGUAUUAAAGCUGGGCCCAAAUAUGAUGGAAAACCGAAAACCGUUUAACAUUAAAUAUGUGAUGCUUUUGUAUAAUGCUAUACAAACGCUUUAUAAUGGUUGGCUUGUAAGCUGGUUCUUUUUCACGCCUGGAGCAGUGGAUUACCAUGUGAAUCAUUUAUGUCAUCCACUUCCUCGAAAUCUCAAUCAAUUUCUUAUACACGAGUUAAACAAAGGGUCAUGGUUUUUUUUCCUAUCCAAAGUAAUUGAUUUGUUGGACACAGUGUUUUUCGUCUUAAGGAAAAAACAAUCUCAAGUAUCAUUCUUACAUGUUUAUCAUCAUGUGAACAUGGUAAUCACUUGCUGGGCUUACCUACGGUUCAUAAAAGGAGAACAACUGAUAUUUGGUGGAAUCAUAAACUCAUUCAUCCAUACGGUUAUGUACAGCUACUACUUUUUGUCAGCUUUGGGUCCGCAUAUGCAAAAAUACUUAUGGUGGAAAAAAUACUUGACACGCAUGCAAAUCAUUCAAUUCCUAUCGAUCAUGGCAUAUAAUGCUGGCCUGUACUCAUUUAACUGCAGUUUCCCGAGAUUAUUUAUGCUGUACGUGAUUGCCGAUGUUACAUUAUUUUUAUACUUAUUCUUAAUGUUCUAUAAAAGAACGUACGAACAAAAGCUCAAAACAAAAGUACACAUAAAUUGA